GGAGGUCCCCUUCGCCGCCAACGCCUCCGCCGCCGCCGCUUGCCGCCCCGCCGCGCCACCCUGCGCGGCCGCGCCACCGGGCGCUUGGGGCAACGCCUCGGCGGCGGCGGCUGCUGCGGGCUGGAACCGCUCCGAUCCCUGCGGCGGCGGCGCCAACGGCAGCGCGGGCGGCGGCGGUCCUUGCGCGCCCACGGGCGGCGGCCCCUCGGUGGUCACGGCCAUCGCCAUCAUGGCCAUCUACUCCGUGGUGUGCGUCGUGGGGCUCUUCGGCAACUUCUUGGUCAUGUAUGUCAUCGUCAGGUACACGAAAAUGAAGACUGCCACCAAUAUCUAUAUUUUCAAUCUUGCACUGGCAGAUGCUCUAGCAACAAGCACUCUGCCAUUCCAGAGUGUGAAUUACUUGAUGGGAACGUGGCCAUUUGGUACAAUCCUCUGUAAGAUUGUUAUAUCCAUAGACUACUACAACAUGUUCACCAGUAUCUUCACACUCUGCACCAUGAGUGUGGAUCGCUACGUAGCUGUUUGCCACCCAGUUAAGGCCCUUGAUUUCCGUACCCCAAGAAAUGCCAAAAUUGUCAAUGUCUGCAACUGGAUUCUUUCUUCUGCCAUUGGCCUGCCAGUUAUGUUCAUGGCAACUACUAAAUACAGGCAUGGCUCAAUUGACUGCACACUUACAUUCUCCCAUCCUGCUUGGUACUGGGAGAACCUCCUGAAAAUCUGUGUGUUCAUCUUUGCCUUCAUCAUGCCAGUCCUGAUCAUUACCGUCUGCUAUGGGCUGAUGAUUUUACGCCUAAAGAGCGUUCGCAUGUUAUCUGGCUCCAAAGAGAAGGACAGGAACCUGCGGAGAAUCACGAGGAUGGUUCUUGUAGUGGUGGCAGUGUUUAUCGUCUGCUGGACUCCCAUCCACAUUUAUGUCAUCGUUAAAGCCCUGGUCAACAUCCCAGAAACUACUUUCCAGACUGUCUCCUGGCAUUUCUGUAUUGCUUUAGGGUAUACAAAUAGCUGCCUUAAUCCAGUCCUUUAUGCAUUUCUAGAUGAGAAUUUCAAAAGGUGUUUCAGAGAGUUCUGCAUCCCCACUUCCUCAACCAUUGAGCAGCAAAACUCCACUCGAGUCCGACAAAACACUCGUGACCAUGCUUCCACUGCCAACACUGUGGACAGGACUAACCAUCAGGUAUGACUAGCAGUGGAGAUGUCAUCUCUGGAUCCAGGCCUCCCGCUUGGAGAUGACAUGUAUUCUGAAGUUACGGUUUAUACUGAUUUGUAGCUAUCUGAAGGUCUAAACACCUUCAAGGUUAUAUUUUAAACUGGUGUAUGCAUACACAGAGACCCCAGUGCUGCAUGGGGCUAGUUGUUCUGUCCUCCAGCUGAUGCUCAGAAGCUGAGGGUUUUCAGAGGUAUCUUGUAUGAUUGGGUCCAACAUGCAUGCACCUACACAGCACACAAAACAGUGUUUCCUUUGCAGGAUGUUUACAAUAGGUGACUGCUCUAGAACUGGCUGGAGAGUAAUCACAGAUUUCUUUAUUCUUAUUCCUUGUCUGCUGAGGGAGACAGGAGUGUACAGAAUCUUCUUGUCCCAUUCCAACAGUGAAUAAAAGAGAAGAAACUGUGCUUUGACGCUUUUUGUUGAUGUACAAAAGGCAGCCUACCUGGCUUAUUUGUCCUGUAAGACACACAAGAAGUAGACAAAGGCUUGUAUACAUGCAGUUCUAUUAUCAGAUAAUUAUCUGUGUUGGUUAGGGUGGGUUUUGAGAUAUACAUACACAUAUAAAUAUAUAUACACACAUGUGAAUAGAAUAGAAUAGUUCAGUUGGAAGGGACAUACAACAAUUAUCUAGUCCAACUGUUAAAGACUAUUGCGCCAUUUUUGCUAUUUAAGGUAUACAGAGAACAUGCCUUUUCCAUGCAGAAAAAGCCUUUGAGAAGUAGGGAUUUUAUGGCACAGCAGAUACCAAGAGAAACAGAUGUUUGAUUUUUUUAUUCAGGCUAGUUUUGCUUAGCUUUCGCAAAGAAGCUGUUUUGCUACAUCUUCAACAUCCAUGUCCCAGUGAUUAGUCCUGAGAAUUUCCAGUGCACAUCCCUCAGUUAACAUCAAGCAAAAUAUGGAGGCAAAUCUUAAUAUUCAUAGAAAUAACUCAUGCACAGCACAAGUGCUAGAAAAAGUUUAAGCCGUCUCUGUAAUUCAUGAAAAAGAAGAACAAAAGGCACAAGCCUAGUUCAUUCCUUGACACACCACCUUUCAGCAAUAUCCUUAGGUUGCUCCUGCACUAGCUGCUCGCUGCUGCCACUUCAGCCACAAGCUAGCUGCCUCCUCGAGGUGCAGGCAUCAAUGGCUUCUUGUGAAAACAAUCACAUACCUGUCACUCAGCUGCUGCCAGAAAACCCACAUCAGAACAUUGUCAUCUCCAAACAGACAAAAUAGUCAUUGCUGCAGAAAAGGGGAGGGAGCAGGCGAAAGGGAGAAGGGGAAGCUUUAUUAAACAUCCACAGUUGGUGGUGUGGUUCACCAGCAUCUGCCUCAUACGUGCCAAACUGUGGCCUGUGAAACCAGUUAGUACCUGCUCAGUCUUACGCACGCUUUGGUGGCACAGCAGAACUGCCAAACUUGGCAGAGGCGCAUACGUAUCUGUAUGUAUGUAUAUAUGUGUAGCAUUUACGAGGUAAACUAAACACUUAUUAGACAGAUUCAUCUGUUAAUAAUGUAACCCUCAGUGGAGUUAAUUAUGUGCAUGUGUUUGACAACAGGAUUGUUUCUGUAUCUAGUACAAUUCCAGCUUUUUACAGUGCAGUGUGUAUGCACAUAUUUUCUACAUUUAAUUAUGCUUCUUUAUAAUAUUUGUAGGAGAGCUGUAGCCUUCUAAACUUCUACCCUUAGUGAAGAUUAAUGUGGUACUUACUGCCCAGAGGCUGAAUGAAAUAAAGUCUAUUUCCCUCGGCACUGAGCGAACACAGAAUAGAAGACGAUCCUUCCCACAAAGAUCUUUCAACCUACACCAACAAGGGAGAGAGCCAGCUGAGGCAGAGAUAGACCAAACAAGUGAAGUGAUGGUUGUUUUUGGGGUUUGUUUUUUAUAUUUAGGGAAUAGUGAUGGAAUUAGUUAAGUGAUAAAGCAUAUGUAAAAAGAAGUGAAGGGGAAGACAAUGAAGGAAAAGGGAGGUGAGAGGAAGAGGGAGGAGGAGAAAGGGGAACAUCAGGAAUGAGGUCCGAGAAAGGUAGUAAAGAAGGAAACUGAAGCAAAGAGCCAAUAUGCACAGAACAAAAAAGGUGUAUGCAGAGCUGUAAGAAAUUGUGUGGUUGCCCAGCUUUGUCUACUUGUGUAGCUUAUAGUAGCUACUAGUCAUCAGUUUUCCCCAGGGCUAUGGAGAAGAAGACAACCCUUGGAAGCUCAUGCUCUCAUAGAUGGGUGGAAAGGUCUCUUUGCAUGGUCUGGUAUUUGAAAGAAUUUGAUGUGGCCAUAAAUGGGCCCGAUUUCACUUCCCUCACCACCAUCCCUGCAAUCCUGGCUCCAGCAGCUGCUGGUUUAUUUCUGCCAGAUGUGCUCACUGGAUGUUGACCUCAACCUUCUCACUCCUGCACUCCCUGGAGUACGGCACCACAACUAUCAGGUGCAGUCUUUCUCACUCUCCACAAAGUCUAUAGAAUACAUUGACACCAAGCCGUGUUUAAACUUCAAUAUUAAACUACUACUUUUUUUUUUUCUUAUCCAGAAAACCUUUUAG